UUGGCGAUGGAUUGGGAUGUGAAAAGGAUGUUAAUGGAGGAUCUGAAGAGGUUCGUGAAGAGGAAAGAUUUUUACAGGAGGGUUGGGAAGGCGUGGAAGAGAGGCUACUUGUUGUUUGGUCCGCCUGGGACUGGGAAGUCGAGCUUGAUCGCGGCCAUGGCCAAUUACUUGAAUUUUGAUGUGUAUGACUUGGAGUUGACUGAUCUGAGGAGUAAUUCGGAGCUCAGGAAUUUGCUGAUUACGACGGCUAACCAGUCGAUACUAGUUGUGGAAGACAUUGAUUGCUCCAUUGAGUUGCAGGAUAGAAUGAAGGCUGCAGCUAUGGCUGCCGCGGCCAGAGGCAGGGAUCCUCAUGGGUAUAAUCAAGGUUCUAGUGUUACCUUAUCUGGACUGCUAAACUUCACCGAUGGACUGUGGUCAAGUUGUGGGGAUGAGCGAAUCAUAGUGUUCACAACAAAUCAUAAAGACAAGCUCGACCCUGCUUUGUUGCGCCCAGGUCGCAUGGACGUGCACAUCCACAUGUCCUAUUGCACCCCUUGUGGCUUCAAAAUGCUUGCCUCCAAUUACCUUGGAAUUACAGAGCACCCGCUCUUCUUGGAGGUCGAAGUAUUGAUAGAGAUGAAGAAGGUGACUCCGGCUGAAAUUGGCGAGCAAUUGAUGAAGAGUGAUGAGCCCGAGAGGGCUCUGAGAGGCCUCAUCAGGUUCUUGGAGGAGAAGAAAGAGAAGGAGAAAGGAGUAAUUAAAGCGCCUGAAGUUGAACAAAAAUCUCCUGGAUUGGAAGUUAUGCCAAAGGUGUCUAAGAUUUUGUCCUGACUAAUUUGUGAUGUAAGCAUGUCUCCAAAAAGUGGUUCACAUAUAUAUAUAUAUAUAUAAAAUUAAUAAUAUUUUGGUAA